UGGAUGCUACCAACAGAAAGGGAAUGCUUAUUCUCCUUAAUAUAAUUUUAGAGCCAGAGAACCUCAUUUUGUGGGAUUCAAUACUGCUCAGGAGAGCCAGAAACCCAAUUGGAUCUCUCGCUCGCUCUGAAACAGCAGGAAUCAAGAUUGGGCUUGCCUGAUUCCUAUUCAAAUCGAUUUAUUCAAUCAAUCCGUUCUAAGCGGGCCAGUGUGAAGAGUUUCUCUAAAGUUCCUUUGCAAAUCAUUCCUAACUAUAGAAUUGAAAAAAGAAAGAGAAGCAAACAGUAUAAUGCAUCUACUGGUCAUUCGGUGAAGUUAUUUUCUCCUCCAUAUUGAAUUGCUGUUUCUGUUCGAUCUUAGUGGCAGAAUCUAGCUCAACCUCCUUGCCUUUUGUUUACGUUUAUGCGAUAUUGGAAUCCGGCUACUGGUCAAAUUCAUCGGAAACGAUAGCCCUCGAGGGGAAGGGGGAAGAGAAUUGAAAAGUAGACUGAAUUCAUUUUCUAUUUGGUUUUAAGAUUCUGAAAUUCCAUGAAGCUCAUGCUUGCAAAGGUGCACACCAAUCUGCCUCCCAAUAUCAGUCAAAAACUUGUCAAGCUUUAUUUGAAAUCAGGAGAACUUAGAAAUGCCCGCCAAUUGUUGAAUAAAAUUCCAGAACCAGAUCACCGUUUAUGGACACUCUUGAUUUCUGCUUUUACAAAGCAGGGUCUUCCUCAGGAAUCCUUGAAGCUCUAUGCUGAGUUGCAGACGAGGAACGUCAAGCCUGAUAAGUUGGUUCUGUUAUCUGCCAUCAAGGCUUGUGCGGCUUUGGGUGACCUCAUCAAUGCCAAAGAAAUUCACGAAGAUGCAAAUAGGUACGGAUUCUGCUCGGAUCUUGUACUGGGCAAUGCGUUGAUCGAUAUGUACGGGAAGUGUAGGUUCUUGUUAGGUGCAUGCAAAGUUUUUGAUGAGAUGCCCACGAAAGAUGUGAUUUCCUGGACCUCGAAGUCUAUGUGUUAUGUUCAUUGUGGGCUCCCAAGGGAAGCUCUGCAAGUUAUUCGACAAAUGAGCUUGACUGGAAUGAGACCCAACUCAAUAACCGUGUCAUCCAUUCUGCCAGCAUGCUCUGCUUUAAAAGAUCUAAGUUCUGGAAGAGAAAUUCAUGGUUUUGUUGUUAGAAAUGGGAUGGGAGAGAAUGUUUUUGUGAGCAGUGGGCUUGUGGACAUGUAUGCAAAUUGUUUGAGCAUGCAGCAAGCACAGGCUGUCUUUGAUAACAUGUCACACAGAGACACAGUGUCCUGGAAUGUGAUUUUAACCGCACAUUUCUCAACUGGAGGCUUCGAAAAGGGGCUUAAUAUCUUCUAUCAGAUGAGUACUGCACGGGUUAAGUUGAACUCUGCCUCGUGGAAUGCUGUGAUCAGUGGAUGCAUACAAAAUGGGCAAAAUGAACAAGCACUUGAGUUAUUUGCUCAAAUGCAAGAUUCAGGGUACAAACCCAAUCCUAUAACCGUUUCCAGUGUCUUGCCAGCUUGCACAAAUUUAGAAAGCUUAAGGGGAGGCAAAGAGAUCCAUGGCUAUACCUUCAGGCAUCAGAUUAUGGAGGAUGUAACUGUAGCAACAGCUCUGAUCUUCAUGUAUGCAAAAUGUGGUGACUUGGAGCUUUCCCGAAGGGUAUUCGACAGGUUGUCUAGACGGGAUACCAUUGCGUGGAACACCAUGAUCAUGGCAAACUCAAUGCAUGGGAAUGGCAAGGAUGCACUGUUAAUCUUCCAAAAAAUGAUAGACUCAGGUGUCAAGCCUAAUCAUGCCACUUUCACUGGUGUUUUGUCUGGCUGUAGCCAUUCACAACUUGUUGAGGAAGGCCGCUUGAUUUUUAAUUUAAUGAGUGGGGACUAUUUGAUUGAACCUGAUGCUGAUCAUUAUUCAUGUUUGGUUGAUAUACUCAGCCGUGCAGGUUACCUAGAGGAUGCAUAUGACUUAAUCCAGAAAAUGCCAAUGGAACCAACAGCCAAUGCCUGGGGAGCACUGCUUGGUGCUUGUAGGGUGUACAAGAACGUAAAGUUGGGACGUAUGGCAGCACACCGACUGUUUGAGAUUGAACCGGAUAAUGCAGGGAACUAUGUUUUGUUAUCCAACAUAUUUGUUAAUGCCAAGCUAUGGGGUGAAGCUUCACAGAUCAGAAAAUUGAUGAGAGACAAAGGAAUUAUUAAAGUACCAGGUUGCAGUUGGGUUCAGGUGAAAAAUAGAGUUUAUACUUUUGUUGUGGGAGACAAAAGAAAUGAUCAGAGUGGCCAGAUCUACAAAUUUCUUGAUGAGAUGGGGGAGAAGAUGAAACUUGCUGGGUAUUCACCUGACACAGAUUUUGUUCUCCAAGAUGUGGAUCAGGAGGAGAAGGAAGAGGUUCUGUGCAAUCACAGUGAAAGGCUUGCCGUUGCUUUUGGCAUACUUAACCUGAAUGGGGGAUUACCAGUCAGGGUUUUCAAGAACUUAAGGAUCUGCAGAGACUGCCACAAUGUCAUAAAGUUUAUGUCAAAGAUUGUUGGAAUACAGAUUACUGUAAGGGAUUCCCUGAGGUUUCACCAUUUUCGAUCUGGGUUGUGCUCCUGUAAAGACUUUUGGUAGAAUCUAAAUUCAUUCUGAUGUCUGAAAUUCUUGUUAGACGAUAGGGAACUGGAAGGAACCAUCUCUUUCAAGAUAUCCGCUACAUGACAUACAUUUUGUGAUGAGAUGUGUUCCAUUGUUCCACCUACAUGUUCUGAUGAUUCCAACGAUCCAUUGUUUUGCAUUCCUUUGAAGGUCCAAUGGUCAACGGAAAUAUGCAGGUUUAACUCUGAAGGUUAAUAUGAUAAAUUUGUUCAGAUUUUUCCUGCAAGAUGUGGAUCAGGAUAAGGAGCAAGUUCUUUGCAAUCACAUUGCUUUCAGCAUGAAUGGUUGGAGGUUGCAUGACCGAGUAUCUAAUGUUCAUAACAUUUUGAUAAAAUGCCACUUGAUAAAUACUUCACACUAUUUCAUAUUCUCAUAUGGUUCUUUGGUAGAACGAUGAGCAUAUCACUUUAGUCAGAAACUGAAAUAAAGGAUAUGAGAAUAUAAUUAGCUGGCUUACCUCCACCAUGAGGACCUUGUUGCUGGCCAUCCUGUCCAAUUCCAAGUUGUGUUAUCUGGCAACGGCGACGGUGACAGUGAGAGCGGUGGUGCUGUAAGACUAAGGUCUUCUGGAUUUUUUGUUUACUGAAAGCUAUCUCUGAUGGUGAGUAAUGCAUGAUACAUAGCAAAGCCAGGGACCUCUCUUAUACAUCUGAGAGAAGCUUGAGUAGACAAACUAUGGGGAUGUGCUCUUUCCUGGUAUAGGCUAUUGCACCACAUCAUGGGGCUUCAAUUUUAGUCUGAGUGAGUUCUUUCUUUGGUUUGAGGACCUCUCUGUACAUUGAUACAUGCCUUAGGGUUGACCUUCAGAUAUAAACAUGCAGUUUCUCUACCAUAAGCUAAGAGAUCACAUCCCUUUUACUAUGUGUACUUUCUCUCAGAGCAUGAGUUAUUGACUUAAUAUGCUUACUGAAACUAUGAAUAUAAUCUUCAAAUUUGAAAGGCAUGCAAGCAAUAUGAAGAGUUGAGGCUCUGAUCGUUUCAAUGGAAAUGGUUCUUGGAAAGGAGGAACAGGAGGAAAGUGUUUUACAGAAAUGUAAUACAAAAAGUUGGAAAAAAAAAUCAUAUUAAAAUUCAGGAUGUUGUUUUCUCAAAAUAGUGAUAUCUUGAUUGUUGCUACUUUUCAUAUCCAUGGAGGACCCCAUACUCAUCAUAUGGUUGGAUCCUUUCUUUCAUUCAAUUAUGGCAGACUCAACUAUGUUGUUUAUUGUGUGGCUGCAUUAGACCUUUUCCCUUGUCAAGCCAUUAUUCAAAAUAUGACCUAUUUGCCUUUCUUGAAA